AUGUUCAGUUCAGCCCUGAAAUCGUUCUCCUCGAACAUAAACUCCAAUUACACCGUAGCAUCCUCGCCGAUUUCUACCUCUGGGCCUUGGAAGAUAUACGAUGGCAAGAAGAAAAAUACGGGGAAGGCGGUGUCUGUGUUCGUGCUUGAUCGCAAGUCCCUGGAUUCCCACUCUGGGUCCCUUGGGAGAUCGAGUGCUGCUUCAAUGAAGCGUGCCACCGAAGAAGUGGUGGAAAGAUUGAAGAAAGAGGCAUCGUCGUUAGCUAGGUUACGGCAUCCGAAUAUCCUGGAGCUUGUUGAGCCGGUCGAGGAAACGCGAAAUGGAGGACUACAAUUUGCGACGGAGCCUGUAACGGCAUCUCUGGCCGGCUUGUUAGCAGAAAAGGAUGAAGAGGAAAGGUCCGGAGGAAGGGGUGGCAGAUCAAGUCGGUUUGUUACAGAAGAUUCGGAGGGAGGGCGUAGGCGGCGGGAGCUCGAGAUCGAUGAGCUGGAAAUACAAAAGGGGCUGGAACAGCUUAGCAAGGCAUUGGAGUUUUUGCAUGAUCACGCUGGUCUUGUUCAUGGCAAUUUGACUCCUGAUGCAGUUUUUAUAAAUGCCAAGUCCGAUUGGAAAAUCAGUGGGCUGAGUUUUUCGAGUCCCCCUGAUGGCUCAACAAAAGCUACCUCUGUACAGCCUAUUAACCUUUCCGAUGCCCUCAAUGUUGACCCACGACUCCCCCGCUCUGUGCAAAUGGACCUAGACUUUUGCUCCCCGGAUUUCGUGCUGGACUCGAACUUGAAUGUAGGAGCCGAUAUGUUCUCCCUUGGACUUUUAAUAAUUGCCCUCUACAACUCUCCGCAUACUUCCCCUUUACAAACAAACUCCAGCGUGUCAACCUACAAGAGGUUGUUUACGUCCUCAUCAACAAUACCGUCAGCUGGUAAUGGCUUUCUUUCUUCAAGGCCAAUUCCAAAGGAUCUUACUACAUCGGUCUUGCCUCGUCUGAUAACUAGACGCCCAGCUCAACGAAUGACGGCGAAAGAGUUUCAACAAAGCGCAUAUUUUGAUAAUAUCCUGAUAUCUACCAUUCGAUUUUUAGACUCACUCCCGACUAAAACACCCAAUGAGAAAGCACAAUUCAUGCGUGGGCUUUCGAGAGUCCUGCCAUCCUUCCCAAAAUCCGUCCUGGAUAAGAAAGUUCUUCCGGCACUGCUGGAAGAAAUGAAAGACCGUGAGCUGCUAUCUCUGAUUUUGCAAAAUGUCUUCAAGAUCAUUGAGCUGUUACCAUCCGGAAGGAGACCAUUUACGGAGAAGAUAAUGCCAAGAUUGAGAGAGAUAUUCCUGCCUCCGGGCAAUUCUAAAGGUCCCAUUGAACGAGACUUAGCAAAGGAGGCUGGCCUCAUGGUGCUAUUGGAACACAUAACUGAGAUUAAAAACAACUGCUCGGGCAAGGAAUUCAAAGAUGAAAUCCUGCCUAUCAUCCACCUUGCAAUUGAGUCGCCAACUCAUAGUAUUGUUGAUGCCUCAUUACGAAGUUUACCGAUUGUACUUCCAGUAUUGGAUUUUUCUACCAUCAAGAAUGAAUUAUUUCCAGUCAUUGCCUCCGUAUUCAGCAAGACCAGCAGUCUUGGAAUUAAAGUCCGCGGAUUGGAAGCAUUUGUGAUUCUUUGCGGUGGUACCAAUGAUCCUGCAGCGAAUAAUGAUGGCUUAGAUGGCAUCAUGAACUCGAAUGCUAGCAAAAAGAGCUCUUCAACUGCUUUGGAUAAGUACACAAUGCAAGAGAAGAUCGUUCCUCUUAUAAGAGCCAUCAAAACAAAAGAGCCUGCCGUUGCAGUCGCGGCACUCAAUGUUCUAAGGCAAGUGGGAGGCGUGGCAGAUGCAGACUUUGUUGCCAUGGACAUUCUCCCAGUCUUAUGGAGUAUGAGUCUGGGUCCAUUACUCAACUUGAAGCAGUUCCAAUCAUUCAUCGAGCUCAUUAAAAGCCUCUCAUCCCGCGUCGAAGCAGAGCAGACAAAGAAACUGCAAGAACUCUCAGGCGCAAAUGGCUCCAGCGCUGCUCGAAACGACGACUUCAUGUCUUUCGGAGGUACCAACGCUUUUGGAUCAACCAAUGGCGGUGCAGAAGGCGGUGAAAUCGACUUUGAGCGCCUCGUCAAAGGCAAUGCCGGAAUCAGCGAAUCUACCAAUACAAUGGACGCAGGCUGGGAUGCAGCGCCCGCAUCCGCAACAUCCCAACCCUCUCGAAAUUCCCAGCCAAAACCAGCAGCGUUCUCCUGGUCCACCCCAAGUCCAACGACACCUUCCUUCCAUACGAGCAAUAGCUCAAUGGGGCCACUCAAGCCACAACAGGCGAACGCAGCCUCGAGGACCAUAACGCCAGAUCUCUCACGCAUAGAAGUACUCUCACCCACCACAACGCAAUUCUCACAACCCCUUCAGCCACAAAAUAGCUUCAGCGCUCCACUCCAACCGCAAACGUCGACCUACAGCACAAACACCCAAACAAUGUCCGCCUUCCAACCCCCUCCUCCUGCAACGUCCGUAAACUGGGGCGCAGCAGCGUCCAAUCCAUGGGGUUCUGCAAACACUUCAUCACAAUCCGUCUCUUCACUGGGGAAUUCCGUGGCUAGUCUCUCCAUGAACCAACAGCAGCAGCAACAGCAAAGACCUGCCAUGAGCGCAACGAACUCUUUCUCUCUCCCUCCGCCCCCGGGCGCAAGUUCAUUUAGUUUGCCACCUCAGCAACGGCAAACGCCAGCGUUCCAGGCACAGCCUACUUUUACGCAGACACAUACAAAUAACGCUUUUGGGGCUCCGCAACAGACGAAUGCUUUUGGAGCUCCACCUCCAUUGCAGCAACAUAAUGCGUUUGGAGGGGGAGGUAUGGGCAUGGGUAUGGGUCAGCAGCAACCGCAAAAGAAGAGUGGUUUGGAUGCUUGGGAGAGUUUGUUGUGA